AUGGCCAAGUCUUUGGAUUUCAAACUCCAGAAAUCCGUUGAUGUGAUCAAUGAAGACAUCAAAAGCGCCACAAAUGGAAAGAUUGACAAAAUUCUUGGAGAGAUUGAGUCGAACACUGCUAUGAUUUUGGCGAAUGCCUUGUAUUUUAAGGGUCUCUGGAAGAAGCAGUUUAAGAAAGAGAGGACACAAAUGGAUGUGUUUACCACUUAUGAUAACAAGAGUCUUGCCGUUCAGAUGAUGUAUCAUAACUCGAAGUAUCCCUUCGGAUACAGUCGUCAACUCAAUGCCAGAGCCGUUGAAUUGAGUUAUGAAAACAGCGAUACAUUGAUGGUUGUGGUUCUGCCCGAAGUCAACAACUCUUUGAAACAAAUUGGAGACAAACUGACCAUUAAAUCACUCAAUCAAUUGGUUUCCUCAAUGCAUACCAUUGAAGUGGAGCUCUAUUUACCGAAAUUCAAAGUGGAAUCAAGUCUUGAGUUGAUUCCUCCGCUUCAACACAUUGGCAUUAAAAGCGUUUUUGAUGCCAAAUCCGCUGACUUCAGUGGACUCAGCCAUACACCGGAUCUUUAUAUCUCGCAAGUGAUCCAAAAGGCUGUGAUUGAAGUGUCAGAGGAGGGCACAGAAGCGGCUGCUGCGACAGAGGCCACCCUUGAGGUCUUGUCUAUGCCUAUCACUGAGACAUUCAAAGCUAACCGUCCGUUCCUGUAUUUAUCGGUCACUAAAAACGAGUCCAAACAAAUCAAUUCAAUUAUAUUUAUGGGUGAAUGUCAUAAUCCUAACCAAUAA